CUCCAGUCGAUAUUUUGUCGUUUUCACAGAAAAAUAACGUUAGCAGAAUGUUAAUAUAGUCACAGCGUUAAAGUGGCUCAGAUGUAGGUGAGAGGAGAUGCUCUUUUCGCGGAGGAAAACGACUCCUGAACCUGCUCUGCUCACCUGAGUGGAUACAUCUCGUAAACACAGAGAGGUCUAGCUGUAAAGGCUAAAAAGUGCAGCAAAUGGAUGGACGCGCGGGGAAACAGGAGACGGGGGAUGCUUCUGCUGCCAUCGUCGUUGAGAAUGAAGCUGAGAGCAAGCAAGUGCAGGAGGAAAAGUCCGGUGCAACCGGGCGGAACCAGCUGGACACUUGCCCCGUUUGCCAUCUAAACUUUCACAGUCGGGAGCCCAAACUUCUGCCUUGUCUGCACUCUUUUUGUACGAAAUGUCUGCCUUUGCCCUCGAGGAAUUUGGCCAUGGCAGAGCCGCCAAACUCCCAGUCUGACAGCUCGACCAAACCACUGAAUGUGAUCCGCUGUCCGGUUUGCAGGCAGGAGUGUAUGGAGGUAGAUGUGAUGGAAAACGUCUUUGUGAAGGACUCAGUUGAGGCUCCCAGCAGCACAGUGGAGAGGACAGUCCAGCUCUGUAUGACGUGUGAUGACAACACUGAAGCUGCUGGGUUCUGUGUGGACUGUGUCGAGUACCUCUGUGCCACCUGUGUGGAGGCCCACCAAAGAGUCAAAUUUACCAAAGACCACACCAUCAGACAGAAGGCUGAAGAGGUCCACGGUGUGUCGACUCAGAGGCCGAUGUUUUGUGACAUCCACAAACAAGAGCCACUGAAGCUGUUCUGUGAGACCUGUGACCUGCUAACCUGUCGUGACUGCCAACUAGUGAAGCACAAAGACCACAACUACCAGUUCCUUGAAGAUGCUUAUAAAAACCACAAAAAGCACAUGGAGAGCAUGACCAUUCAGCUGCAGGAGAAACAGAAACUGAUUGAAGAGGUAUCAAACUCCAUAAACAAUGGACUUCUUCAGGUUGAUCAGAACCGUACUUCUGUUCAUAAUGAAAUAAAGAAAUCCAUCUGCAGUUUAAUCCUCGAGAUAAACAAAAAGGGCAAGAUGCUAGUUAAUCAACUUGAGGCUGUAACAAAGGAUCAUGAGAGUGUCCUGCGAAAACAACAGGAGGACAUCGGCUAUCUAUCCAGACACUUGGAUCAUGUUAUCACCUUCACCAAAUGGGCCACAGCCAGGAAUGGGGGCACGGCCCUCUUGUACUGUAAACGUCUGAUUCUGUUUCAGAUUGGAAACCUCCUGCGGGCAAAAUGUAGUACCUCGUUUAUACCACAGAGCACUAUACGCUUCCAGAGCCGAUCCUCCUAUUGGGCCUCAAAUGUUGAUCUGGGCUCUUUAGUGGUGGAGAGUCUACCAGGCCACCAGCUUGGUGGUUUUCAGGGUAUUCCUCAUCAGCUCUCCCACCCUGGACAGGGCCCCUCAGGCUCGCCCCACAGCCUUGCCCUGGGUGCACCCCAUAAUACUCUGGCUCAGCUCCAGAUGCAGGUGGACAAGCUCAACCCGCAGCCCAACUGGCAGCCCCAACCCCCUCCUCCACCCUGGACUUGGUACCAGAGUGUCCGGCUACAGAGAACUGUCCCAGGGCCCCUGCAAGGAGGCUCUCCCUCCCACAGUAUGCUUCCACAACCAGGCCGCAGGUUCAUGGUGCCUCCUCCCAGCCACGUCAGCCCAACUAGCAGCUUACCGAGCCCUGGGUUUACGCCCCAGACUCUGAGGGGGAUGGGAAGCAGCUCCAGCUACCCACCCAAACCUAUGGACGCAUUUCCCUCUUCACCCCUGUACACCCAUAUUACACCACUGCCCAUCAACGGGGGCAUCAGUUCACCUCAAUCACAGCAGACGGUGGAGCCUGCAUAUCUGAAUAGAAGGAAUGAUUCGGGUGGACCGAUAUAUAUGCUGAAGCCAAACUAUCCUCAGAACCUGCCACCUUCUUUUCUGCACAGAAAUGUGCAAGGACAGCAGAAUACACUAGGGUACGCUGCUGUCUCCCAGGAGGACAAACCGGGGACUGUUACCUGGAAACCGCCAGAAACACACCAGGCUAGUGGAGCAGUGGGCCCAGCUGUCAAAAAAAGACGAAGAUCGUCCCCAGGACCCAUUAUUGUCAUUAAAGAUGAGCCAGAUGAUGACAGUAGCUACGUACAAGCCAACCAAAGAGCCAGCCUCCCAGACAGCACAGGUGACCAGACUCUUCUGCAAAGCACAGGCAACAAACCUCACAGCCCCUCACAGCCUCCCAGCAGCCCAGAGGAGGAGAGCAAGACUAAUGCUCCAGAUCACGUCCGAUCAUUGGGAGGAGGACAGCAGCUAGACCAGCACCGACCUCCCCUGAAAGACUCUAAUGAAGUCUUGUGUGCUGUGUGUCGGACCGGGGGAGAGCUGCUCUGCUGCGAUAAAUGUCUCAAGGUUUUUCACCUUUCGUGCCAUGUUCCAACACUCCUCAAAUCUCCCAGCCGGGAAUGGUUUUGCUCUUUCUGCCGUGACCUGUUAGUGCCUGAGAUGGAGUAUGACUGUGAAAGCAAACCUGAAGCCAAAACAGUAAAGAAGGAGCCAGAUUCUGAAGGAGGAUUUCCCCCUGUGGACAAACGAAAGUGUGAGAGGCUGUUGCUGCACUUGUUUUGCAGCCAGCUAAGUUCAGACUUUGAAGGGCCUGCCUCCCCCUCGGUAUGUGCUAAUAACAGGCUGACUAUAAAGGGACCAAUGAAUCUUUCCGCUGUGAAAAAACGACUGGAGGCUGAGCAGAGUCUGUGCUACCAAAGCCCUGCAGACUUUAUAUCAGACAUCAGGCUCAACUUUGGGAGCUUUGUAAUCCUUAGUGAGGCUGACACAGAGGUCACCACUGCAGCCAAAAAGCUUAAAGAGCUGUUUGAAGAGCACCUGAGGUUCACCUUCCCUGACCAGACCUUCUAAUAAAUCAAACUGGAGAAAAUAACACCUAUUGUCCCUCCUGACUCUCAACUCUCAUCUCUUGACAAUAUAUCCCAGCAUGCAAAUCGCCUGCGCACAUGUUCAGACUCCCAGGAUACACCGAGCUGUCCCAGCGGAGAGGAGGGACUAGUUUGAAAGCACAAAUCUUCUUCAUCGUUUAGAUCUUUGACAACACUGCCAGCACCAGGUGAUAUAUGUAAUGUGUUCCACUUUAUUUCAGACACGUAUAAUACACAUUCACCUUCAGCUCACCAAAACUGUUUUAUAUGUUGGAAUAAGCCGCAUUGCAGCUAUUGCAUGAAUCUUAAGAUAUAGAUUUUUUAUCUGUGAGUGAAACAGUUCAGACUAGGAUUUAUGCAAGAAGUACAAACAUGCAGUACAUUUGGGUGUUUACAGGGUAAAGCUGAACAGGAUAUUUUGAUAUGUAGACUUUUGUUUUGGUUGCCAGUUCAAGUUAUCAGUUUGCUCACAGAAAUACCUUCAUCAACACUGAGCUAAUAGAUGGUGUGUUCAGGUCUGGUGUGUUUUUCAUCGUUAGGUCUCCAUGUGUAAAUAUAGAAGUGAUCAGAGAAAUUAUGAUGAUUAUCAGCUUUGAUGUUUGUGAUGUAUCUUAUGUGGAAUUGGAUGUGUUAUGGUCCCCUCAAGGCCUGGAAAAUGAAGACAUCAAAGGAGUCAAAGCUGUUUGAUCAUUAUACAAUAUUUCUCUGUUCAUAUUUAUCAGAUUUUUAAAGUGCAAAACUACAAGUCUAAUGUUGUUAGGGUAAAUGUGUGUAAUUUGAUUGAUUUAUGUUUAUGGUUUUUUUUUUAUUGUGAAGAGGUAAAUACAGAGCAAACGUUAUGUAAGACUAUUUUUCUAAGAUCAUUUUAGUUCAGUAACAUUUCUUCCACACAAUCACCAUUGUGAACUGUUUUCUUAUACAGUGUGUCCAUAAAGUCUCUCUUCAACUUUAAAAAAGUAUUACAAAAGCAAAUGAACAGACAAUUUUUUGGAAAUUAAUUACAAAAUGACGAUUUCUUGCCACAUUGGCUGUAGCAUAGUGUCAUCAAUGCUUGCAAUGGCAUCACUGAUCUUUGACUGUAGGUCAGUGAUGUCCCGUAACUUUGUUAGAUACACAAUAUUGCUGAGUCUGGAUAUUCAAUUUUGUUUCAAUAAACCAUGAUACACAUUGUCCUUUCUCUCGAGGAGUAGCCAUUUUUAUAGGGUCUCUUUUAUCGCUACCUAUUUCAACAACAGGGUACCUGAAAUACACAAAUGCAAUAUGAUUAAAAACUUUGAUAACAACUGAGUACAUACAACAAAUCUCAUUAAGAUAUCUCAUCAAUUGCCUUUGUAAUAAUUUGUUUUAAAUUGUAAAGAGACUUUAAGGACACCCUACACUAUUCAAGAGCCAGAACAUUGAGCCAUAAACUACUUGGAUGCAAGUCAACUUGCAGGUGUUAACAGGGUAACAUAACAAUAAAUGCUUAUGUUCAAAUAAAGAUUCUGGAUAAUGAUUAAUGUUAUAGAUCUACUUCACCCUUUUAAUGCAUUGUAA